GCAUCAGCAGAACACAGGCGACUGGAUGUGUGAUGGCAUUGAUUUAGGUGUCAAUGCGCCACCAUAUGGCUACAUGGAAACUGCAGUCUCUGCUUCGGUUUAAAAGCUCCUGCUACGCGCAGGGGGGCUCCAGUGUGGAUUGUGUCCGGACAGAGAAAAAAGUUCUCAGAGGAUAAUCUAGCGCAAAGGAGGAAAAAUCGUUGAGAACAUGGCGAACAAACCACAGCAGCCUCCUUAUCUUCACCUGGCAGAAUUGAGUGCCACCCAGUUCAUCGAAAUCUGGAACCAUUUCGAUACUGACGGCAAUGGUUACAUCGAGGGCAAGGAACUGGAGAACUUCUUCAGGGAGUUGGAAAUUGCACGGAGAGGGGCCGGAGUGGACCCAUCAAACUCCAAUUUCAGAGAGAAGAUGAAAGAGUUUAUGCAGAAGUUUGACAAGAAUGCAGAUGGGAGAAUUGAGAUGUCAGAGCUAGCUCAGAUUUUGCCCACAGAAGAGAACUUCUUGCUUUGCUUCAGAGAAUUUGUGGGAUCCAGUUCUGAAUUCAUGGCAGCAUGGAGACGAUAUGAUACAGAUCGCAGCGGAUACAUUGAAGCUAAUGAACUGAAGGGAUUCCUUUCAGAUCUGCUGAAGAAAGCCAACAGACACUACGAUGACCAAAAGCUUCAUGAGUACACACAGACAAUACUCAAGAUGUUUGAUCUAAACGGAGAUGGGAAGCUGGGCCUGUCAGAAAUGGCGAGGCUUCUUCCAGUUCAGGAAAAUUUCUUACUGAAGUUCCAGGGAAUCAAGCUGACCUCUGAGCAGUUCAAUGCUAUCUUCACAUUUUAUGACAAGGAUGGGAAUGGCUACAUUGAUGAGCAGGAACUUGAAGCUCUAUUGCGUGACCUCUAUGAAAAGAACAAAAAGGAGGUGGACACCAAAAACCUGACUGGCUAUAAGAAGAGCAUCAUGGCCCUGUCAGAUGGGGGCAAGUUGUAUCGCUCUGAGCUGGAGAUAGUGCUCUGCAGGGAGCCCAUACUGUGAAGCCUGGCGACCAUUGCUGUCUGUUUUUUGACCUUCAUAAAUCUGCCCAUCCCCAGAUCACAUCCAACUCCAGCUGCCUGACGACUGUAACCAGGUGCAUGUGCCAGGCACUCCCUUCAUGAAUUUUGAAUGAAUGUGCACUGAAAAGCACAACAAGCUCUCCCUCAUGACCCCUACACCCACUCGUCCCUGCAGACUGACCCGGCUCUGACAUUGCACUCUGCUCCCUAAACUCUAAAUUUAACAAAACAAUUACCAUAAUAAAGGUACUUCUUAUUUUGAUGGUGAUGUGAGAGUAAUGGAUAUAUGACGCAAUUUAUUUAUUAGGAAUGCUUGGUUUGACUUUUCUCCUCUCUUUUUUUCUCCCAAAUCAAUAUGUGGUGUUUCAUUACAUUAUUACCCUGUUAUAUUUUGAUUUUUAAGGUUGGGUUUCAUGGCUGAUUAUAUAAUAAUGAGGAUGUUAUUGAAAGCAUUAUUAAAGGUUAUCUUACGAUUAAGA